GCGGCUGGAUGCUGAGGGCCUUGCGGCCUCUCCCUCCGCCGCGCCGGCUCCUCCCAUGCGAGCACUCGGGGCGGAGCUGCGCUUGCUGCAGGAACCUGUCCUUUAAGAGCCGCCUCCCGCCGCUGCUCAGCCCUGAGCCGCGCCCGGUGCCGCCAUGGUCUCCUGGAUAAUCUCCCGCCUCGUGGUGCUGAUCUUCGGCACCCUUUACCCCGCGUACUCCUCCUACAAGGCCGUGAAGACGAAAAACGUAAAGGAAUAUGUGAAGUGGAUGAUGUACUGGAUUGUGUUUGCCUUUUUCACCACUGCAGAAACACUCACAGACAUAGUUCUUUCUUGGGCUGAGAGAUGCCCUGUUUAUGGAGUUUUCAUGGCUAUGGAUGAAAGACUAAAUGAUACUCGAAGAAGGUUUCCCUUUUAUUUCGAGCUGAAAAUCGCAUUUGUGAUUUGGCUGCUCUCCCCUUACACCAAGGGCUCCAGUGUCCUCUACAGGAAGUUUGUGCACCCAACGCUCUCCAAUAAGGAGAAGGAAAUUGAUGAAUACAUUACUCAGGCUUGUGACAAGAGCUACGAAACCAUGAUGCGAGUUGGCAAAAGAGGGUUAAACCUUGCUGCCAAUGCAGCAGUUACUGCAGCUGCAAAGGGCCAGGGAGUUUUGUCUGAGAAGCUUCGAAGUUUCAGCAUGCAGGAUCUCACUCUGAUCCGAGAUGAAGAUACUGUGCAUAUGCGAAGCCGUGAUCCUCAGCUGCACUCCUCUGGUGCGAGUCUUCUGGAAACUAUUGAAGACUCAGCUUCCUGUUACUCCUCAGGAGAGGAGAGCAGUGUGGCACAUCGGUCUAAUGGAACCCCAUCAGAUACUAGAACAGACCCAUCAGAUGAAGAUGCAGGAGACAAGCUUCCUAAACGUACUCAGAGUCUCAAAACUCCUAAAAAGGUGAUGAAAGCUGAACUUCCAGUGAGAAGUGUAAAAGCCCGCCCUAAGAAGAAAGCUGCUGGCUCUCUUGCUUCUGGCGAGUCAUCCUAAGGCGACCUGCUCCCCCCCCAGCACCUGUCUCUGUCCUGGGAUUUGCCUUUCGCUUUUGUGGGGAAACUCUCCAAAGGAAGGGAGCUGAGAUUCUUGUACAUAACCGAUACUGCUUUACAGAGCUCAUUCCAAGGCAAGGGGGAGGCUGGGAUUCAGAAAGCAGAGUAGAGGAUACAAAUCCUCAGGAAUUUUCUCCUUUUCAUCUCUCUGUUGGAGGGAAUGCUGAUAUGUCUGUACAUAGCCAGUUGCUUUGGAAUUCCCACUGUAUAACUCUAGUUGAGAAUCUUUGCUGGAAAAACUGACUAGGGUUAGAGACAUCCAUUGCACAGAAGCUGGAAAAAUACUAGACACUGGAGUUCCACAGGGUGGGUGGCUCUCUAAAAUGUUUUAUCUUGCUCUGGGUAUUCUCCUGCAGCUGUGUGUUGUUAAGAAGUGCCCACCAUGAGUCGUAUUCCUUAAGAAUGGACCAUACCUGAUAUGUCCAUCGCCUUUGAGAAAGUGACUGAAGUGACGUAUGCUGAGUGCUUUGGAACAUAAAGGACUGGCUCAUGGGAGGUAUAUGCUAGAUUCCCACUGCUCAUACUGGAAGAUGAAGAGAUUGGUUUUUAUUUUAUUUUUCUGGAAGGUGAUAUUUUUUUCUGGAAGGGAGACAGUUGGAAAAACUGAUAAAGGAAAUGUGCUAUUACAUGCACAUUAUAUGAUGGAGUAGAUAGGAGUUACUGUUGAGAAGGAAAGUUUGGCAUCUCUAAGAUUUUGGCUCUUUUUGAAACUGCUUGAAUUUUAUUUCAGGUUCUAAUGCCCACUUUGACUCCUCUGAGAGCAUCAGAAUGAGGCGAGUCUCAUGCAGUUCCAUGGCAAGCAUACUCGCUUUGCCAUUUAGUGGUUGAACUCAUGUCAUUGUGUUGCUUGUUACUUCAGACAAAUUCUUUUAUUCUAGCAGAUGUCUGGGGAAAAUCUGUCUCGAAAUACUCUGCGGACAUACUUGAGAAUUUCAGAAGCCCUCACCUCUCAGCUUUAGGAGAGUCUAUCCUCAGGACAUAAGAACUGAAACAGUUGAUUUAUUAACAGUUGAGUUCCUCUAACUUCAGGAUUUCGUUUAUGGGGGAUAAAAAACAGGCACUAGGGCACAAUACUGGUGAAUACUGAUUAAUCUGUCCUCUUGCUUUAUCCUGCUGCAGCUCUUGCACAGAUUUUUUGUCUGACAUGUGCCGUGCUUAUCAGUGUCCUGAGACUCGAGCAAUACCUAACGCUUAGGACAGAAAACUACAAGGAAUGUGGAAUAUGUAUAGUGGAAGGGAAAUUGUAGUGCUAGAGAGAAAAUUUGCAUAAUGACAAGCCAUACUAGACUCUUGAACAUUGUUAAGGGGAGAACCCCUGUACACAUGCCAGCUGAGCCCAUGAAAAUUUAGGAGUAGGGUUCUUGUUAUCAAGAACUAUAAUGAGGGUGCACCAUUAUAGACAUGGGUGUCUGAAUGAAUACUUGAUGGUCUUAAUUUUCACUGAAAUUAGUUAUCAAAGGAACCUGGCUCCUACAUGCAGGUGUUUGCAUCCCAUACUUUUGCUGUCACAUUUCUGAAAUUACAGUGAAUUCUUCACAGAGCCCAGUAUUUUGCUGUUGACAAGGUAUAGAAGCACUUCUGCAGCUAAUGCUCCACAAGUAUUUCUGUCCUAGAGAAUAGCCUUUCAAAAGUUUAUAAAGUUGAAGAUUAGGACUGAAUUUUUUCUUGUUUUCCAUUGUCUUGGUUGCAAAUUGUUUGCUCUUGAAUUCACCAGUUAUUUCAGGGAGCCAAUGAAGUUGGGUUUACUAGUUUUUGUAGCUUUUAAAAAUUUAAACUUUACAGUCCAUGUUAGAAACAUGCGUCUUGUCAGAAAUAUUUGUCCUAAAUUAUCCACAAGGCCUUAUCCAGAAGCCAGUAGAAAAUCCUUGAUUUGGUUCUGCGUUUCAUAAAAAACCCCAAUUAUUUUGUUCUUUUUUAGUUUAUUAGCAAACUUCAUAUUCAUGUCUUACUAGCACAUGCAAAAGCAUGUCCUAAACCAGGAAUAUUUUCUGUUUCCAAAGGAAAUUCCUCUCUCCAGACAACAGAUAAAAUCUUUCAUGGUUAUGUGGAAGAUGCAAUUGUGAAGAAUUGCUGUGCUAGACUUUACUGUACUGAGCAAGAGAGAACCAUUGUUCUCUAUAUACCAAGUAUGUAUAUGACCAUGUUCCUUGAUUUUUUUUUUCAAAAGUUAUAAUUGUGCCUAGCAAAUUAUUUAUGUAAAUCAUUGUGGGGGACUUGAUUUGGAAGCCGAGUCUCCCCUUGCGCUAUUCUUCUUGCCCUUUCCUUGUGCAUACUAUGUGAAAGUCUACGAUUACUGGGUUUCCACAGAGUGACUUUUCAGAAUCUUCUCUAGAAUUCAUUUAUUUGUAAUGGCUUUUCUGUUUUAAAGCCCAGGAAGAAUUUCUGAAGAUUCAGUUCUGGUAUUUGGAUUUAUCUUUGUCUUCCUGAGCUGGGGCCUGUGCUAAGUAGCUUUUACUUAGCAUUGAUGCUUGCUGUUGUUAGCUUGUGGGUAAAUAUGGGUCAGUUUUACUCUGACUUUUGUUUAUACAGGGAAAUUGGCUUUUGGUUGCAAAAGGGAGUCUGCAGUAGAGUCAGGGACUAUCUAGUGUGUGAUACGAAGUUGAUGAUGUCAAGCAGCAGAACUUACCCAGAGCAAGACCAAUGUCUUAGCAUGGAUACUGUUUUCUUCUUCUAGUACAAAUGUGACUGCUGGAUUCUGCUUUGCUUGAUCAAAGCCACUGCAGAUCUACCACCACCCACGUGACCUCUUAGUGAGUUUCUAGAUAUAGUUCUGCAUUGGAUGCACUGUCUUGCAUAGAAAUUCUCUUGUUAAUGAGAACGCUGAAUGUGCUGUUUUGAUAAAUGCUUUUAUCAGCUGCUGUUCGGUGUUUUCAGCAGGAAAUGCUGGUAUGUAGUUUCUCUUCAGUAUCAUCUGUGGGCUUCAUCAUGCAAGUAAGCAAAUGGUUAAAUCUUCACCUCGCAGUAGAACCCUGUUGUGUUUGGUAAAUGUUUAGAGCCUUUUCCUAAUCUGCCUGGCCAUAGGGAGAAGUGCAGCAACAGAAAAUGAUACUUUAGGGUGGGGGCUGAAGAGGGUUGUAUGUGUAUGUCAAACUUCGUGUGCCUAAAGGUUAUCCUAAAAUACCUGUACCAUGACAUACAAAGUUGAAGCCAUGACUGCCUUUUGAAAAGAAAUGUUUUACUUCCAUGCUUUGUAAUAGUAUGAGUCAAAGUUGUGCUGUUGGAAAAGAAAAUACUGAAAUGCGGUUUCCUGUGUGAGAAACUUAAUGAUUUGUUGCAUAAAAGGGAAAAUGUUUUCUUGUUUGGCAGUAAUCCUCCGUGGUGGGUAAGGAAUAUGAAAAUACAGGGGAGACGACUGUCAGGUUUUAAACCUUUACCUAAACAUCAUUGUUACCUACUUUUUAAAAAUUGAGUUUGUCAUUCUCCAGAUUUACAUUUCUGGGACUGAUUUCCUUUAGACUAGAAUGAUUUCCUUGGUAGGUAGAGCAUAUAUAGAGAGAGGGGUGCUGGUGUUCUUAAAAUUGCAAAGCUUGUUCUGGGGAAGAACCUGUCACCUUCCCUCAUUUUUGUGAAUUGAUUUCCAUUCAUUGUGCUUUUGCAGUGCUGGGCUUUUCUUUUGUACAUCGCUCUUGGAAGUAUGACUCCCUCACAAUAUACUUCCUUGGAAAGCAAGAGAACCACAACUUUCCAGAAAUGGUUAUUUAUUCUGUGCCAUCUUAAUCAGCAGGAUAUUUAGUGCCUUAGGAGAAAAGUAAGAUAUCUAUGGAGAACUGUGCUGGUUCUCUGAUCUACACAGAGCAUCAUAUUAAGGAGGCUUACAAGUUAAUUGUGAGGUGUCAUUGUGUGUUUGAGAGCAGCUGUUGAAUUGAGCUGUUUCCUUUCUGUCUUCCGAAGUGGCAUAUAAUGCUGGAAAGUGGAUUGCUCCCUAAGAGAGAAGUCUGGGGAAAAAAAGUUGUGUUCUAAUGGGGACACUGUAUUGUCACAUUACUGCUUGCUGGGCAGAUGCUGAAUGACAUCUCUAUGUAACUGGUCUGUACUAUAGCUUUUCUUGCUUUAGCCACCAGGAUUUGUAAUGUGCUGUCUGGCUGAAACAUCUUGUGGUGCUGCUUUGUGAGUUGUCUUGCAAAGUCAGAGAUGUGAAAAACCAGGAAAGCACUGCAAAAGUUAGAGCUUGUAGAACCAUAGAGGUGUGAGUUGGAAGGGGCCUCUUGGGGUCAUCCGGUUCAACCUCGCAACUCAGUCAGAGCCACCCACUGCCAGUUCCUGUGUUCUGUUUCUGGUCUGGAAUCUGCUGAGUUUAAUGUUUAAGAGCUGAUAAUAAGUGCAGAAAUGCAUAUGCUGUAUGGGAAUGUGUUUCAGUGUUACUGAGGAGAAAUGUUUCCUGGUCACUUUUCAUCUGGAAUUUGGCUCUGUUGCAAGACACUAUGAACAUAAUUCAUUAUUAUGUUCCUUAUAGGUAUUGUUAAAAAGCCUAGAGGCCUCAAAAAAGAUCUUGAGGUAUGCUGAGUAAAUUGUGAAAACAGUUGGUUUUAACAGUCAAUGGAGACAAUAACUGCAUAGCAGCUAAGAACCUUUCCCGUGAGAUAAGAUAGAUAGAUAGAUAGAUAGAAAGAUAGAUA